AUGCCUACACCAACCCAAAGCAUUGACGAGCUCAUUGCCGCCCUCGAGGCUAUCGACUUCUCCAGCAUGCUGGAAACUCCACAAGACUCGUGGCCACAUGACAACGAAGACCAUUGCAACCAAGGUGAGCGGUUGAGUGUCAGCUCCGUCAUCGACGAGGACGACGACGCGCCGUUCUCCGUGGCAUUCACGAUGCACGGCAUUCAGAGCUCAUGGCGGGACGAAGUUGUCGGCAGUGACUGGCUGCAUAACUCGAAGCGGAUGUUCGUGCGAGGCUUGGACUGGUCGUACAAGAUGUUGUGCGAAUCGCAUCUCAUGCCGCUCAUGCAAUGCGCCAUCAACAUGCAUGGUGCAUUGCUGCCUUGA